UACCCACAACCUCUGGCAACGCUUCGUGCGUGGAUUAAUGGCGUGCCACUCCAACUAAAUGCUCUUCGGUUUUUGCUUAUUUUUAACAACAUACGCGCCGCAAAAGAUUUUUAUAACCGAACAUGUGUAAAUAGCUGGACAGGAACAAUCCCAUCCAGAGUGCAGUGAUUCGUAGGAGGCGCGCACUUAGCGGUCAUCAAAAGCAGGGGCUCGCAAAAUUGCAAAAAAAUUGUGCCGCUUCCUGCCCGUUGUGAAAAGUAGCUCCCAUUGGUGGUGAGGAUGGCGGACAUAGUGUACCCCACCGGAUGCCGGCCGCUGGUCGAGGAUUUGGGCACAGACGAGCUGAUAAGGCGCCUCAAGACCCUCGCCAAUGUCCUGCAGACCAUGGACCAGGACGACAAUCUCUACCAGCAAUACAUACCAUUGGCUCUCCAUCUGCUGGACGACUUCUUUAUACAACAUUCUUCCCGUGAUGUCCAGCUCUUAAUCGCAUGCUGUGUAGCGGAUGUCCUGCGGGUUUAUGCGCCCGAAGCACCCUACAAGGAGCAAGAUCAAAUCAAAACUAUAUUUAAGUUUUUUAUCAAGCAACUGCACGGUCUAAAGGAUCCGCGCGAUCCCUCUUUUAAGCGUUACUUCUAUCUGCUGGAGAAUCUUGCUUUUGUCAAGUCUUUUAAUAUGUGCUUCGAACUGGAGGACUGCCAGGACAUCUUCCAAGACCUUUUUAGUACCAUAUUCAAGAUUGUUAAUGACCAGCACAGUGUCAAGGUUACUAAUUUUUUCCUAGAUGUGCUAAGCCCUUUGAUCACAGAAGCCGAUAAUCUGUCGGUGGAAUUGUUGGAUCUCAUUCUGAUUAACAUUGUAGAGCCGUAUAAAUCGAACAACAAGUUUGCCUGCCAACUAACAGAACAACUGCUCACUAAAACGGGCGAUGCUCUUGAGUCUACCAUCAAAAUGUUCUUUAACCGUGCUCUGGUCAUGGAUAAGCCAAACACAAAACUGUCCAUUACAAAUAAAAUCUAUGAUAUCAUUUAUGAGCUUAACCGCAUCAAUGCAGACUUGCUGUGUUCAGUGCUGCCGCAACUGGAGAACAAACUGCUGUCCACAGACGAUGCUGAGAGGCUAAAGGCCACCACUCUCCUGUCUCGUAUGUUCUCCGAAAAGGAUUCGCAACUAGCAAAAAAGUACCCAAACCUGUUAAAAAUCUUCUUUGGGCGCUUCUGUGACAUAACCGAACCAGUUCGCAUCAAGUGUGUUCAGUCGUCCAUGCACUUCCUGCUCAAUCACCCAAGUCUUCAGACCGAUAUCACCGACAAACUGCGGCUUAGAAAUCACGAUCUGGACGAAGUGGUGCGCCACGAAGUGGUAAUGGCUAUUGUGGAAACUGCUAAGCGCGACUUCACCCUCGUUCUCGAAGCGCCCGAUCUACUAGAAAUUGUGCGCGAGCGGACGCUAGAUAAGAAGUACAAAAUUCGCAGGGAUGCGAUGAAUGGUCUGGCCUACAUCUACAAGCGCGCAAUUUGCGAACCCAACGAUCUAAGCACUGGCCUUAAGGUCAGGGUUGACUGGAUUAAGAACAAGAUACUGCACGGAUACUACAAAGUGGGCUUGGAAGACCGCCUGCUUGUGGAACGUCUACUUAUCACCUGCCUGGUGCCCUAUAAACUAGCUCCGGAAGAGCGCAUGAAGAAGCUAUAUCAUCUGCUUGGUGAUCUCGACGCCAACGCCACCAAGGCCUUCGUCGAGCUUCAGAAAAAUCAAAUGAAGACACGCAAUACAGUCAGUGAUUGGAUUAAGCUUCACCAUUCUAAGGAGUUCACGCCGCGCGUGCUUACCCAGCUCAGCGCCAAACAGGCCAACAUCGCCAAACUGCUUCCAGAUCCUCUGAAAGCGGCGGAGUACCUAACCCAGUUCAGCAACAACCUGCGAAAGGAUGCUCAGCUCCUACGCUGCAUUAACAUUGUCCUAAAGCGCGAUGUAAGCUGCCGGGAGUGUGCUGACACGAUGGGAGUUCUUCUGAAAAAGCUUGGCGUCCACGUCCAAUCGAAUCUGUAUUACAACACCGUUAAGAUGUUAAUUGAGCGCGUGGCAUCAGUCAUGGUAGACAAGGAAUCCAUUGGCGUACUUAUUAGCCUCAUUGAACAAUGCAUUGAGAAAGGGUCCAUGUGUGAAGAGAUCGGAAUUUCGGCGCAGGAAGCGGGAGAGCGCGGACUCAAGUUGUUAGCCAUGCUUUCAUACGUCUUCUCCGCCCACUUCUUCACCGAUACCUCGCUGCGUCAUUUAAUUUCCCUGCUAAGUUACGAGCAAGAUUAUGUUGCACCACUGGUGCUAAAGACACUAACUCAUCUGGGGCGCUAUCAGCCACUUGUUGACGACCCUACACCGGCUAUUCUCGACGAGCUGGCUCCGGUGUGCAAGGACUUCGCUCUCAUUGGAACCCCCAAGCAAGCAAAGCACGCAGUGCGAUGUAUUUUCGUGAAUAGCCAGUCGUCGGCUGCAACUGAUGGAACAACAAGUGGAGCCGGAAGUGCGUCCACAACUACCCAAACAGUGCAUCCCAUAUUCAACGAGAUCAUCGAAACGCUUCGUCUAAAACUGACACCAAACUGUGAGCAUCAGCGCACCAAGAUUGUGACCUUGGGUCACAUUGCCUACAAUAUGCCACAGGCCUUCCUAACGCCCAUUAAGAACAUGGUUGCGCGACGCAUUGUCAAAGAACUGCUUAUCCAGGAAGUUCCGGCGCAGCGGGACUACGAACUGCCUGAGGACAGCGACUGGUGUGCCCAAGAGAAACUACCACCGGACACUCUAUGUAAGCUGGAUGCGCUGAAGGCUAUGGCCCGGUGGCUUUUGGGGCUGCGUACCGACGAACACGCUGCUCAGAAAACAUUCCGAAUGCUAGCGGCGUUCGUUAACCAGCGUGGCGAUCUGCUUGGCCAGAACCGUCUUUGCGGUGCCGAGAAAUCCUGGCUGCGCCUCGGGGCAGCCUGCGCCAUGCUCAAGGUAUGCGAGCAAAAGGGCGUAGGUGAUCAGUACAGUGCUGAGCAGUAUUUGCAGCUUUCCCAACUGAUGGCUGAUCCGGUCCCAGAAGUUCGGGAAAUCUUUGCUCGCAAGCUACACAAAGGAUUGGGCAGAAGUUUGCCCAGAAACUGUUUGCCGCUGGACUUUAUGGGCUUGUAUGUGCUGGCAGGUCUAGAGACUGACAGAAAACUGCAAGACCUUGUGCGUCACUAUGCAGAAACAGAUGUAAACAAACGGCGGGAAUAUCUGAAGACUGUGGCUAUGACAUCUCCCGACAGCUCAACAGAGUCACAAUCAUUACACAUACUACCUGACUAUAUGCUGGCUUUUGCCAUUCCCGUGCUGGUACACGAUCCCCGCUUCACGAAUCAUGAGGACUACGUACAGCUGCGCAAAAUGGAGAAAUGCCUGCGUUUCAUUCUGGAGCCGCUGAUGGCCAAACGCGAAACGUUUGUCCACAGCUUCUACAAGCAGCUGCUGCAGCUGAUAAAGCAUCGCGAGUUCAGUCUGGGCUCGGACAAGCGCGACAACUAUAAAAUGUGGGCGCUCUGCGAUCUUGCCAUGUACAUUAUCGACUCCAAAUUCACUCCAUUUGAUGCCAACACUAGCACCUUCUCCAUGCCUCUGGCUUUGCCAGAAAUGUAUUAUAAACAGCCUGCCGUUGCGAAUUUCCAAAACAAUGACGUCUAUAUACCGCUGGACGUGUAUACGUUGGGAGUCAAAUCUACGAGCAAAGCUGCGACAACAGCAAUGACAGCGUCGCGAGCAGCAGUGGCUCCAAAGAGACCGGCGGAACAGUCAAUCAUGGAUGAUGAGAAUCCGCAGGAGAACAAUCUGUUUGACAACAUACGAGCGGCUGACACUACGGAGCCCAUGGCCAAACGAACGCGCGCAGGAGCCGCUUCAGCCAAAUCAUAGGAUCUGGGAUGGCGCAGAUUGCAGGUGGAAAGAGCGCAUACUUGUUAGUUUAGUUAUGUUUAGUCUAGGCGCCUAAGUUAACUAAAUAUUUAAGACGUAGGAAAGACCACAAUAGUUGUUAAACCGACACUACCUUUAUCCACACCAUGCAGCUCACAUCUAAACCCCAAGAACUCGGAUUGUUCGGUUUCGCAUUCAGUAUGUACAAUACCAAUUUUGUGAGAUACACCAAAAACACAAACAUCAAAAAAUGUGUCGAAAAAUCUGUUAACCGCACCUCUGUAAAAGUAAUUAUUUAUCAUUUAAAAUGUUUUAUCCUGUUCUUUUAUAGUGUUUGAUUUAUUGAUUUUACUUUUAUUUUUAGACUACUGUAUAUCGAAUAAAAAAGGAAAGUAUAUCGCGCAUAAGUUAAAGUACGACGUAAAGUAAUGAAAACGUAAA